GCUAGUUCGUAACGCCUCUCUAUCUUUCUCUCACCCUUCAUGCAUCAUAAACUCUCUCUUGUUUUCUUUGUGAAGCAAUAACACACAUAUAUAGCCAUGGUUGUUCUUUCGCACCCUGCUGCAUUAAACGAGUUAUUCCUCGUGAAAGCAUCAUGCAAGCCCUCGAGCAUGUUCACGGGUGUUCCAGUGGUUGAUCUCGCACACCCUGAGGCCAAGACGCUCAUGGUUGAGGCCUGCCAACACGUUGGUUUCUUCAAGCUCGUUAACCAUGGUGUUCCCUUGGAGUUGAUGACUAGUUUGGAGAAUGAAGCUUUAAAGUUUUUCGUGCAACCCCAGUUCCACAAGGAUAAGGCUGGACCUCCCGAUCCUUAUGGAUAUGGCAGCAAGAGAAUCGGCACCAACGGUGACAUGGGUUGGCUUGAGUACCUUCUCUUCACCACCAACCCUGAAGUCGUAUCCCCCAAGACACUUUUCCUUCUUCACCAAAACCCACAAAGUUUUCGGAGUGGUGUGGAGGAGUAUACAAGGGCAGUGAAGAAGGUGUGCAGUGAAGUGUUGGAACUAAUGGGUGAUGGGUUGGGGAUUGGAUCAAGGGAAGUGUUUAGCAGGCUGAUAAGGGAUGAGAGAAGUGAUAGCUGCUUGAGGAUUAAUCGUUACCCAGCAUGUCCAGAGCUGAGUGUUGAAGUAGAAGCAUUGAGUGGACGAAAUUUGAUUGGGUUUGGAGAGCACACAGACCCACAAAUAAUAUCUGUCCUCAGAUCCAACAACACAUCAGGACUGCAAAUAUGUCUCCAAGAUGGGACUUGGGUUUCCAUCCCUCCUGAUCACACUUCCUUCUUCCUCGGUGUUGGUGACCUCUUACAGGUGAUGACGAAUGGGAGGUUUAAAAGUGUUAAGCACAGGGUAUUGGCUGACUCAAGCAUGUCAAGAUUGUCAAUGAUAUACUUUGGAGGACCACCCUUGAAUGAAAAGAUUGCUCCUUUACCUUCUCUCAUGUCAAGUGAAGAAGAAAGUUUGUAUAGAGAGUUGACAUGGCGAGAAUACAAGAGUGCUGCCUACAAGUCAAGGCUUUCUGAUAAUAGGCUCUCUCUCUUUCACAAAUCUCCCACUGCUACUCACUAGUCAGUGACUCAUAUCUCCAUUGGUCACAACAGGUUUCAAAGACUUGACUAUACCAUUGUUUUCUUCCAUUCUCUUGUCGAUAGCACUUUGUGGUGCAUGCCUCAAUGCAACUCAAGCUCUCUACCAUGAUGUGAUCUUAUGUUACAUGUUUAAUAAAUUUUCUUUUGCCA